AUGUCGUUUUUGUGGAAGAUGGUCGGUUUGGGCGGAUCGAUCCCAAACUUUCCCUUCAAAAUUGAUAGCGGAAAACCAGAAUAUAUUCAUAGCACCGCGACGCUGAACUGGACGAUUCGCCAGGGCACCCGUAUAGAAGAUGGCUUGCCAGUAAAUAUUUUUACAACGCCCAUUGCCAAAGGAAAGGCAUCUCAGAAUCCUAAAGAAGCGAAUAUGAAAAUUCUAGCACGAAAUGCGCUCAAAUAUUCCAAGAGCCUCAUGCUACCUGGCAUCCUCCGAUGUUAUGGUGGAGUGGAGUACGACAACUGCAUCUAUAUUGCAACGGAGAGAUGCGAUCCGCUGUCUAACGUGCUGGCUAGUGCGGAGCUCCUCCGCGUCUUCUACGGUGAUCAUGUAGGGAAGCAAUACGAACAGGGCGUGGCGCUUGGUUUGAAGCACGUCAGUGAGGUGUUGAUUGGGUUGGAGAAGAACGGGUUAAUGCAUGGCAACGUGUGCGCGGAGACGGUGUACGUUACUGCGGAUGGGCUCUGGCGGCUGUGGGGGUUGGAGUUGGUUUCCUCGAAUGGGGUCGAGGCGGGGGGUCAAAAACACGGCGCGAGUGUGUAUCAUCAACUCGCGGCGGACUUCCUACCAAAGUAUCGCAUUCCGGAUGCGAUAGGAAGGCGCAAUGCGGCGGUGGAUGUGUGGGGGAUGGCGUGCCUUAUAUUUGAAGCCUUUCGCGACAGGAGCAGCAGCGACACGGAUACGGACCUUUUGAGCUCAAAGAACGUGCAUAGCUGCCAGUCGCAGCUUCCGGAUUCUUUAAAAGCUAGUUUUAAGCGGUUGUUGCCUGGAAAGGUGAAUAUGUGCCACAGCAUCGAGGAAUUUCUCGAGAGUUGCGAUUUUAUACAGAAAAACGCCUAUGUUCAAUCCCUUAGUGAUUUCAAUCAGUACAUGCUUAUGGAUUCAACUCAGCGGGAGGAGUUUAUGGAUCGACUGGGUUUCGUGAUUCCGGAAUUCCCUCUUCUGGUUUGUCUGAAGACAAUCCUCCCUAAGCUAAUGGGGCUUAUUGAAAUGGAUACCCCGCCGGUGAACAUCGUUAAUCCGGUCAUGGAGAUCGCAAGGCUCGUGGGGAAUGACGAGAUGUUCGACACCCAUAUCUCCCCCUGCCUCGCUUUGCUCUUUCAGUCCACCAGUCUUGUCAUUCGCUAUUCCCUCUUGCAAUCGAUCGACGUCUACGGCAGCCGUCUCUCGCGAAAGACGCUGGAGAAGAUCUGGCCACUCUACGCGAAGGGCGUCUCUUCCACCUCCGCGGGCAUCCGCGACGGCUCCGUGCGGGCGUUGGUGCACAUCGCCGGGCAGCUCAGCCCGCGAGUGCUCAUGCAGGAGGUGCCGUUUCUCCUCCAACAGGCGCAGGCCGAUCCCGACGGGGCGAUUCGCACCAACGCGACGAUCGCGCUCUCCUUAAUCUCCCAGCACAUGCCAGCGGAGGUGCGGAGCAAGAUCCUCGUCUCCGCCUUCGGGCGAAUGCUAAAGGACCCUUUCGCGCCCAGCCGCAUCGCCGCCCUGCAGGCGCUGAGCACCGUCGUGGAGGAGCUGCGAACCCGGGAGCUCUCUGAGGUCGUGAUCCCGCGCGUCGUGCCGCUUAUUACGGAUCCCGUCGCUGACGUCCGCGUGCACGCCCUCGCCAUCCUGAAAAACGCCGUGGCGAGGUUCGAGGCCGAUCAUCUUCUUUGCCUUGAGCAGGAGAACGCACACGCGUUGCCGCCCGAGGAAUCUCCCUCCUCGAUGGAGGGGAGGGUGAACCAUACGGCGCGGACGCGACCUCUUCUUGGAAACACGCAUCAUCCGCCCUCUUCCUCACUUCAAUCGCACUCCGAAAGCAACGACGGGAUCUUGAGUUUGGCUCGAAAUUUCCCGCAGAAGAGGGGGCCGAGGAGCGAUACCGACACCUGCGAUGGCUGGAACGACGACGUGCAGGAUUUGAAGCCAUCCAAAGAGGACAACGAUGCGAAGGAUACGGAUAGUGAUGGUUGGGGGGAGGUGGCCAAGAUGCCGACCGGUGUGAAUUUCCCGUCUCUGGUGGCUCCAUCAUUUGCGGGGACUUCUCAGGGCGCCAGUGCGACGUUUAGGGAGUCUUCACCAUCUUCCGAGGUCCCGUUUUCGGGGAAUGGGACCGAGGCACCGCGGGGGCCUACUACAACUCUAAUUCAAACUAGCACUCCUCGUGAUGAGAGCAUUAAAAUCACUAAGCCCACGAGCGUCAUGAAACUCCGCAGCAAAAAGAAAACAUUAGGUGCUGUCCGUUUGGACUAG